AGGAAUUUUUUUAGUGCCAAUAAUUGAAGCAUUCACAUGGCUAAAAUGAGUCGGUGUGGAACUUCGAAGCCUUGUGUCGAGUUUCCUUUGCCUGCAGAAACCCUGCGAGAGGUAUGUGAGGAUGCGAGGGAUUUCGCCCUGGUUCACGGUGCUGGUAUCCGUCUAAAAUCAGGUUUUCGAGAGGAUGCAAUAUCUGUCAUUCCAUUCACUCUUCUUCCCUCAUCGUUCCCGAGGGAUGCUUUCUCAAAAGCUCACCUUGUGCAACCGAUUUUAAAUAAAUUGAUGUUUCGAGUUGCACACGAUUACGAUUUUUUGAAAAUGGCUCUUCAAAGUACAAUUGAGGUUGAUACGUUCACCGCAAAGCUUUUCAGGAUCUACGAAACGGUGCGAGAGGAAGGGAUUGCUCAGAACAAGUCUGCAUUCUGCGUUUGUUCAGAAGUUCCCGAUUUGGAAUUCUUCCAGGAUGCUAUGCUGGGAAUACUUCGUUCGGAUUAUAUGAUGAAUCGAAUCAAGGAGUCGGGCUCUCUUGUUUCUGACGCCUGUCCAAAACCUGUGCAAAUCGAAGUCAACACAAUAUCAUCCAGUUUUUGCACAUUGAGUUCUAUAAUUUGUGAUACCCACAGGUUCGUCAUGACGUCUCUAGGUCAUCGUGACGAGAAGAAACAGCUCCCAUUGAAUACCUCCAUGCGUGACGUAAAUGUUGGUUUGGUCCGAGCCUGGGAAUUGUAUAACGUGGAGACGGCCUAUGUGCUGUUCGUCGUUGAAGAAACUACUUACAACAUCUGUGACCAACGGCUUACUCAAUUCCAGUUGCAUAAAAUGAAUCCAUUGAUAAAAGUCAUGCGGAGGACUUUGAAAGAAAUUCACGAAAGAGCAGAGCUAUCUUCGGAAUUACGACUCAAAAUCGACGGUAAAGAAAUAGCUGUGGUUUAUUUCCGCACUGGAUAUAUGCCGGACUUGUAUAGCGGUGAGGGUGACUGGGAAGCGCGUCUGUUGUUGGAAAGGUCGCUCGCGAUCAAGUGCCCAACGAUUAAUCUUCAUCUGGCGGGAACGAAAAAGGUGCAACAGCUUCUCUCUAAGCGUCAGAAUCUAGAGCGCUUCCUGGAGAAUGCAGCAGAAAUCGAUCAGGUUUUGAGCAUGUGUACUGGACUUUACUCCCUUGACCUGGAUGAAGAAGGUGAUCAAAGCGCUAGGAUGGCGAUUGAAAAUCCAGAGCGCUUUGUUCUGAAGCCACAACGGGAAGGUGGGGGAAAUAACAUUUAUGGUGUUGAUGUGCGGAAAGAACUUGAGCGCAUGGGUCAUUCGAAAGAAAGAUCCGCGUACAUUUUGAUGGAUCGAAUCUCCCCUCCAACCCAAUUGAACUAUAUCUUGAAGCCCGGUGAUUCAAUUUCUUCAGUACCAGUUGAAGUGGUUUCUGAACUCGGGAUAUAUGGUGUGGUGCUUGGUAGCAAGAGAGAUAUUUUUACGAAUAUUGUUGCCGGGCACCUUCUCAGAACUAAACCGGUCACUGUUGAUGAAGGUGGCGUUUCUUUCGGGGUUGGAGCCCUGGAUUCUCCUUUUUUAGUGGAUUGUCAGUGUUUAGUUUUUAAUGGCUUACGACUGAACUUGCAGGAGAAAGUCGACGCAUUGCUUUCCAAAGACCUCCAAUUGAUCCUGCGGACAUGUGGAUUGAAUCCUUAUGGACUCAAGAAAGAAACUCGUGAUCGCGUAGUCGCUCUUUUACGAGAUGAGGAAUUUUCUACUGUGGCGUCCUUGAAGAUAGAGGAACUAUAUAACAAGAGCAAAAGAGCGCGGAAAGUCUCUGGGUGCUCGGAUGCUAGUGAUGACCCAAUAACUGAAAACGUUCCUGCCUCCCGAGGUCGACCGAGUCGAUCUGCUGCCAUCGUCGCCCGUAAUCAAUUACUAGCGACAGCUCCAUUGGCGUAUGAUAUACCGUCUAGGAAAGAGCGCGAAUUGCUAUCCCAAUCAUCUCCUAGCAAAUCUCCUCCGAAGUCUACGUGUCCUCAAGUCGCCCGAAACGCACGUCCGAAAGCCUUGCCAGGGUUGUAUCUCAAAGCUUCCUCCGAGCAGACUGUUGCCAGUGAGCAGCCUGUAUCAAAAACUGUGAAUAAUCUUCCCGUGAAGCAGUUGGUUCGUCUGGGAACAGUUGAUCAGGAUGCUAUUCAGCUUCCGAAUACAACGCAAGGGCUAGUGUCAUCUCCUAAUCCUAUGAUGAAUAACUGGGAAGCCAUGUUCAAUCCUAGAAGUUCAAACUUCGCAAGCAACUCUUCUCUUACCAUAACACCUUGCUUAUUACAAAAUCAAAGCAUGUCUCGUGACUGGCAAACGCGACACCACAACACAGUGAUCACAAAUGGUUCUAAUUUAACGAUGAAACCGUCAAAUCCUGCAAUGAAGCCCGCGACACGUCCUAUUCAGGAAUAUUUCCAGCCUUGUAGCUCAUACUCCAGAAAUCAGUACGCCAAUCCCAGCGUUCCCAUUUCCCCGGACAUAAGAAUGGAGGAUCUCCCCUUCUAUCCAGUGAUUGACUGUUUGCUGAAGCCUUUGACGCUAGUGUCGUCAGCGCCUGCGAACGCCCUGGAACGUUCUUCAAGAUUCACCUUUAACCUGACGCCGUCGCAGUAUAGUAGCAUUUCUGGCAGUUUAUCAAAAACCCCAGGAGGAUUGUCCAAGUCAGAAAUUCAGAUCCAGCUGCGCUUUGCAAAAAUGGACGUUUCUUCGAAGCAAAAAGAUUUUUUCCCUCCGAAUUUGAGUGUGCAAGUCAAUAGCCAUCUCGUUGAGCUUCCGAAGUUGAUUCACAGCACUCAGGCUGGCAUACCACCAAAGAGGCCAUCGGCCCCUUUGGACAUUACGGCGUACCGAGGGUUUUGUCCUUCGAAGCCGAAUACCGUAUUGGUGAACUGGUGUUUUGAUGAUCGAGCUGCAGCGAGUGCUCAGUUCGUAGCCUCGGUCUGGCUUGUAAAACAGCUGCAUUCUGAUGAUCUGAUCAAGCAGCUGAAGUGCAAAGGCAGUCGUGAUUCCGAUUACACCAGGGCGAUGAUCAAGGAAAAGCUUCGCAACGAUGAAGAUGAAGUUGCGAUGACAUUUUUGAGGGUUAGUUUGUCUUGUCCCCUUGGGAAGUGUCGAAUGCAGCUGCCGUGUAGAUCGAAGAAUUGCCAGCAUCUUCAGUGCUUCGACGCCAAUUUUUUCAUAUGUAUGAACGAACGUCGUCCGAAUUGGACCUGUCCUGUUUGUGAUCAUGAAAUUCCCUUUAGUACGCUUUCUCUUGAUGGAUAUUUCAUGGAUGUUCUGAAGAGCAAUCCUUCGGAUGACAUGAUUGAAUUACAUAUUGAUGGAACAUGGAGUUUGCCAGGGGCCAAAGUUCAAGAAAUAAAGAAGCAAGACGACAAGGAGAGCAUUGAAAUUCAUUCGCCAGAAAGUAAUCACUCGGAUGGUAUAUGCAUCGUUGAAGAAAAAGUGAACAAAGGAGGAAGAAAUGCUGACAAACCCGAAAAAGUUCCUGUUGUUGAAGAGGUCAAUUUAGUGUCAAGUGAUGACAGUGAUGAGGAAUCUGAUGGCAACGCGGCAAGUUCAGAAAGCGCUUCAAGUGAUAAUGGGCUCAGGAUGCCGAGUUUGUCAUGUGCGCUGAAUGAACAUCAACCACAGACCGAACCGGAUACGUAUCCCGGAGAAUAUCCCCCCUCAAAUACCAACCAGCGACUGCGGUCCCGACGGAAAAAUCCACUGUCGUCUGAUUCUGAUUCCGAAAAUGACACGAUUCAAGUUCGAAGCAUUAAACGUCCCUGCCGUAACCGAAGAAUAAGUUCAACAAGCGAGUCAGAACCGGAGUUACUCGAUUCUCCUGUGAAAAAAAUCGAUAUCGGGGACGAUCGUCCCAGUUUCGCCGCAAAUAAUGUGAUUGUAGAAGAUGGGGUUAUUGACUUGUGCUCCGACGAAGACUGAGUACGUUUUCUACUGUCUUGAUGCAAUGCGCGUCGUACGAGGGAAACUAUUGUGGAUUUUCUCUGGAUUUCCUGAAAAAUCUUUCCCCGUUCCGUUUUAUGUUUACCGUGAUGCUUAAAUCACCGUAUGAUGUAUUGCUUCGCAAAGAUGUCUUUUUUGUGUUUUUUUUUCGCCUGGGUCUGCGUGUGUUUAUUCACUUUUAUAGAAGAAAACUUUUGGAGGAAAACAGUCAGUGAAAGAAAUUUUGUAUGUGGCCGUCUUU